GUGAGAGCCUGGGUGCUUUAGGAUUGUUAAAAUCUUUAUGAAACACCCCACUGAAGAUGAGGUUGAGAGACUUGACUUUUAUUAUUAUAUUAAUGGUCCCAGGAAAACUCUGUGCAGAAGAGAAGCAGUGUGAUUUUCCUACUGUGGAAAAUGGGAGGAUUGCCCAGUAUUAUUACACGUUUAAAAGCUUUUACUUUCCAAUGAGCAUAGACAAAAAAUUGUCAUUCUUCUGCUUGGCUGGUUAUACAACUGAGCGAGGGAAACAAGAAGAGCGGAUCAGAUGUACAACAGAAGGCUGGUCUCCAAAACCGAGGUGCUUCAGAAAAUGUACUAAACCUGACCUGAGGAAUGGCUAUGUCUCAGAUGGAAAAGUACUGUACAAACUUCAAGAGAAUAUGCGCUAUGGUUGCACUUCAGGAUAUAAAACCACAGGAGGGAAGGAUGAGGAGGUGGUCCAGUGCCUGCCUGAUGGGUGGUCUUCUCAACCAGCCUGCAGGAAGGAACAUGAAACAUGUCUGGCCCCUGAGUUGCAGCAUGGAAAUUAUUCCACAAUGGAGAGAACAUUCAGAGUGAAGGACAAAGUCCACUACGAAUGUGCCAGUGGGUACUACACAGCUGGGGGGAAGCAGGCCGAGGAGGCCGAGUGCCACGCACACGGCUGGUCUCUCACACCACAGUGUGCUAAAUUAAUGUGCUCCCCUUUGAGAUUAAUAGAAAAUGGCUAUUUUCAUCCUGUAAAGCAAACCUAUGAAGAAGGAGAUGUCGUUCAAUUUUUCUGUCAUGAAAAUUAUUAUCUAAGUGGAUCUGAUUUAAUUCAGUGCUAUAACUUUGGUUGGUAUCCAGACUCUCCUCUAUGUGAAGGAAGAAGAAACCGAUGUCCUCCUCCACCUGUGCCUCUAAAUUCCAAAAUCCAAACACAUUCAACAACUUAUCGUCAUGGAGAAAUAGUUCAUAUAGAAUGUGAACUUAAUUUUGUGAUUCAGGGACCCACAGAAAUACGCUGUGAAGAUGGAAAGUGGACAGAACCUCCCAAAUGCAUUGAAGUAAAGGAGAAAGUAGCCUGUGAGCAACCACCCACUGUUCAGAAUGGUGCAGCAAACCCACACUCUGAGGUUUACUACAAUGGGGAUAAAGUGACGUAUAGGUGUGAAAGCGGCUAUCAUCUCCGGGGAUCAAAUGAGAUAACUUGUAAUCGUGGGCAAUGGACACUGGCCCCUGAGUGUGUUGAAAGUAAUGAGAACUGUAAGCCUCCACCUGAGGUUGCAAAUGGGGUUGUGGUUGGUGGGUUAUUGGCAAGUUACACAACAGGAUCUUCAGUGGAGUACAGAUGCAACGACUAUUACCUAUUAAAGGGAUUGAAAACAUCUCAUUGCGAACAAGGAAAAUGGUCAUCUCCACCUGUUUGCCUGGAGCCAUGCAUUGUUAAUGUGAAUAACAUGAACAGAAAUAACAUAGAGAUGAAGUGGAACUAUGAAGGCAAGAUCUUACAUGGAGACUUAAUAGAUUUUGCCUGUAAACAGGGAUAUGACUUGUCUCCAUCAACCCCACUGUCGGAGUUAUCUGUGAAGUGCAAUAGAGGAGAUGUGAAAUACCCUGUGUGUGUUAGAAGAGAAUCUGAAGGAAUGUGUACAUCUCCUCCACUUAUUAGAAAUGGAGUCAUUAUUAGUUCAGCGACAGUCGGAACCUAUAAAAAUGGGUCUACAGUAGAAUACAGGUGCUUUGACCAUCAUUUCCUACAGGGGUCUAGGGAGACCUAUUGUGUAGAAGGAGAGUGGACUGCACCACCAUUGUGCAUAGAGCCUUGCACAUUAUCAUUUGGUGAAAUGGAAAAAAACAAUUUACUGCUUAAAUGGAAUUUUGAUAACAGACCAUAUAUUCUCCAUGGCGAGUAUGUUACAUUUAUUUGUAAGAGAGAUUCAUACACAGCCGAGUCUUCCGAUUUUGGGUCUGAUAUUAGAGUGCAAUGUGACAGGGGGCAAUUGAAAUAUCCAAGAUGUAUUCAAAGAGAAAGGAUCCUGUCUUAUCAAGAACCUUUAAGGACAUAAAAUAAAUGGAAGAAGUAAAAAUAGCAUUUUAACAUAUCAUGAAUCUGUAUAAAAUAAUUUUCAAAAGAAUACGCUGAGUUCAAAGCUCCUGAGGUUUUACCUGUCUGAAGAUCCGAAUGUAAAUUAUUUGUCGUCAAAAUUUUCUUUCUUUAUAAAUCAAAGCAAAAAAAGAAUUUCAUUUCUAGUUUUCCUGACUUAACACUAACCCAAACUUUAUUGCAUCUUUAACCUAUUAAAAAUUGAUGAAUACAUUAAAUCAUUCCUGUUUCUAUUGACCAUUGCCAGACCAAAUUUGUGUUUACUAUCUUCAUUAAAAUUAAGAUUUUUGCCUG